UUGUUGCCCCUUCGUUCUAGAGAAUUUUAAAUUUUCUUCACAGUAUUUGCAUUGCGAAUUUGUUAUAUAUCUCUCUCCCAGAAAUUUUUGGUUUAUUCAUGAACUUAGGUUUUGAUAUUUGUAUUUUGGCCUAAGAUUUUUAUUGGUGAAUUUCAAAUCAGGUUUUUAUGUCGCUGAGAUGAUUGUUGAAACCUAAUCAGAAAAGAGUUAGAAUGACUGAGAAAUUGAUCAAAGCAUAUCACACUUACUCAAUUGCAUCCAUAUUUUUUAUUUUGUAUGUUUUUAUUUAUUUUUGGUUAUGGCUUCAGUUUCUGAAUAGUCCAAUUCCUGAUUGAAUUUUACUGAGUAUGCAUUUUCUUUUUUUGUCUGUCGCUUAUACUAGGGCGACAUACCAAUUUGAAUCACGGUUUCCAAAAUAUGGAUUUCAAGCUCAAUUUUGUGGAGAUUAGUCUGAAUUUGGUUGGUUUGGUUUAAAUAUAAGACAAUGAACUGAUUUAACUGUGGACUGCAGUCUAGAUGCUUAUAUCUGAAUUUGGGAAACCUAUGCUGAAAUUGCAUGUUUUUUUAUCUCAGAAGGAAUUUGAUUCCAUUUCAGUCAUAAUUUAUGUAAAAAUAUUGAAUUCCAGAACUAUGAAAAAAAAUCCUGAAAUUUCAUCUCGAACUCUUUUUAGUCAUUACUCGCUAGACUGCACUCAACAUCAUCCUGAGAGCCUCUUCCCAACUAUUUGUCCUCGGCUAACUCUUUAGACUGUAGUACACAAAAAAUUAACAUAAUAUUUAGCCUGUGAUUUUGGUUUCAAGACUUGAAUUGUAAUAUGACUAAAGGCUGUUGACUGUUUCGACACUAUGUUAAAAACUCGUCUAGAAGCAAAAAAUAAAAAUGUUGAUCUACUAUUUGUAAAUUUCAUUCCAAUUGUGGACCAAGGAACAAAAGGCUCUGCAAAAUUUUAGAGUUUUUUUGCUCAACCUUAGCAUCCAUCAUCCACGAUGCUAAUUUACAAUUAUUUGGAUUAGUCACACUUUCAGCAGCCCAGAACACUCUCAUUUGGAUGAAAAUUCUUCAAUUUUUGGUUGCACCUUUGCUGUUGAUUUAGUAAGCCGGAAGAAUUAUGAAUUGAGUAAUUGGAUAGUUGUAAAUCAUUGAAAGUUAUGGAAUCUUAUUCAAGCGUUGAUGUUUGAGUUCCAAAUAAAAGAUUGUGUGAUGUUGCUUUAUUUGAAUCCAGACUGAGGGUUUUAUAGUAGCGGUUGUGAUCCAGCAAAAAUUGACUUUUCAGAACUAAACAUGCUUCUUUGUGAUUACAAGUAUUUGGCAAUUGAUUGAAUUUUUAUUAUUUUUCUGUAUAAUUUACUGGAAUCCGAAUGUCAAUGCAUGACCACCUGUGUCUUGAGCCCUUUGAAAUUUGAAAUUGUCAUUUUGCCACUAUCGACAGUCACACUUAGGUGGGUUCAUGAAGAUCUAGACUAAUUUAAGUGUCUGUAGUGGGAUUCAAACCUGGUCCACAGUGCUGCAAUUGUCAAAACCAUAAAAAGCCUGGCGUGGAAACCCAGUUCAAGAAUCAUUUCUUUCUUUUGAUCUCAACUAUCGCUGCUGUGGAAGAUGGCAAUGAUAUUGGAGGAGAUACUUGAGUCUAUUGAGGUUUGGCUGCACGUUAUCAAGAAAAAGCAGCAGUAUGUUAAUCCAAAUCUUGAUCCUGUUUUGCUGGUGCCUGGUAUUGCGGGUUCUAUCUUGACAGCGGUGGAUGGAAAAGGGCAUGAGGAGAGAGUCUGGGUUCGGCUGCUUGCUGCUGAUCGCAAGUUUCGGACAAAGAUGUGGUCCCGAUUUGAUCCUUCUUCUGGUAAAACUUUGUCACUAGAUCCAGAAACUAGAGUUGUUGUGCCUGAGGACAGAUUUGGACUAUAUUCAUGCGAUGUCCUCGACCCUGACAUGAUAAUUGGAAAAGAUAGUGUUUGCUAUUUCCAUGAUAUGAUUGAGGAAAUGAUUAGUUGGGGUUUCCAAGAGGGCGAAACACUCUUUGGAUUUGGCUAUGAUUUUCGUCAGAGCAACAGGCUUCAGGAAACAUUUGAUCGUUUCACUGCCAAAUUGGAAUCGAUUUACAAAUGUUCAGAAGGGAAGAAAGUGACUAUUAUAAGUCACUCCAUGGGGGGUUUGCUAGUCAAAUGCUUCAUGUGUCUACACAAAGAUGUCUUUGAAAAGUAUGUCAAAAACUGGAUAGCAAUUGCUGCACCAUUUCAGGGUGCCCCGGGAUAUAUUACAGAUACUCUCUUGAAUGGAAUAUCUUUUGUUGAAGGUUGGGAGCAAAGUCUUUUCAUUUCAAAAUGGAGUAUGCAUCAGCUGCUUAUUGAAUGCCCUUCAAUAUAUGAGUUGAUGGGCUGCCCUGAUUUUGAUUGGUCAACCCCUCCGCUUUUACAAAUAUGGAGAGAGAGGUCUGAUAGCUCCAGCAAUUCAGUGGUCAAGUUGGAAUCAUAUGAUCUGCGAGAAUCAAUUUCCAUUAUAGAGGAAGCUCUUGCAGACAACAAGAUUCAGUAUGAUGGUGUAGAUCUCCAUUUACCUUUUAAUCGUGAGAUAUUUAAAUGGGCAAACAAAACUCGGGAGAUCAUGUCAUCUGCUAAGCUUCCUUCAACAGUAAAGUUCUACAACAUAUACGGGACUUGUAAUGAUACACCUCUUAGUGUCCGCUAUGGGAGCAUGGAAACGCCGAUUUCAGACCUAAAGCAACUUGUACCAUGCGAGCCAGACUAUAUCUGCGUUGAUGGUGAUGGAACAGUGCCGGUGGAAUCAGCCAUGGCAGAUGGGUUGAAGGCAGAGGCCAGGAUAGCCGUUCCUGGUGAUCACAGAGGACUGGUAUGUGACCCUCACGUGUUCCGAAUUAUCAAGCAUUAUCUGAAGAUAGGGUAUCCAGACCCUUAUUACAACCCUAUAAAUGAUUAUGUGAUCUUGCCCACAUCUACCGAGUAUGCAAAGCUCGACGAAGAUGGAUUACAAAUUACUGCUGUUAAAGAACAUUGGGAGUUUAUCUCAGGAGAUGAUGAAAAUUCCAAGGAUGCAACAAAUGAAACAAGUAUUCAUGCUUCAGUUUCUGUCGGCCAUGUUGGAAAUGACCACUCAAGAGAAGAGGCGCAUGCCACUGUCACUGUGCACCCACAAGAUUCACAAGGGAAGAAGCAUGUUGAAGUUAGAGCAAUAGGCAUGUCAGUUUGCUGAUUAGUUUUAGCCUUUUCCCAUUUGUGUUGCUGUAUAAUUAUUUAGUAUCACUUGAACUAUCAAAGAAAAAAAAAACUGGAUUUGUACAUACAUUUUUAUCAUGGAUGCAUGUAAAUAACAAGUUCAUAGUGAAAUAGCCUCCUUAGAUUGGAUGACA